CCCGAACUCGGUACUAUGUACGCUGAACCGCAGCGGGCGACCUUUUCCCGGGUUUACUGGACUAUAACACCCCCCACCACCCUCGCACUCAGUCUAAUAAUACGAGCUGCUCACCCUCCCUUUUCCUGCCCUUCCCUUCCUCGCGGCCCUUCUCUUCUUUCUCAUUUGCGGUUGCUGGCGAGCACGCUAGUUCCCUUGUCGUGGGACCGCCCGGCUCCGUCACCUUCCCGUCACCUUCCUCACCUGGUUUCUUAUUUACUAUUCGUCUUCCGGCCCGUUCCCACUUCUUCCCCAAGCGCUCCGCCCGCCCCCGCUGUUCCCUGUCCACCCGGCCGCCGGUGACUUCUUCCAAGGUUUUUCCCAGCUUAAGGUUCCGGGUGUCGGGUGUCUUGUUGUUGUUGUGUGUCAUCAUGCCGCCCCAACUAUUACCGGCCUCGGCCGCCGCCUUCGCUCCCCGCGCAUCUUCGGUCAACGUCGUGCUGGGGUCCAAGGUCGAGCCGUGGCUGACCCAGACGCUGAAGCGCAUCAACAAGAUCAAGCGCCCGCUCAACAGCGUGCCACAGCACCAGAGAUGCCUGACCGAGACACUGUCGUCGCCAAACGCCAUCUGGACCUUGGCCUCCCUGCUGCUACCCAAGGCGCCCGAAGCGGAACUAAGGAAGGACUCCAACCCGCUCAUCGAGGCCCUCUUCAACUACCAGAUCAUCCACCUGGAGGCCUACAUCGUCCACGUCGACAUGGUGCUGAGGAACGAGGUCGCCUACAAGCUGACGCCAGAGACCAUCGAGUCACUCAUUGAGUACCACAAGGACAUCUACUGCGUCGAUGCCAAGGCCAACACGUACGACUGGUCCGAGAAGGAGCAGCAGUGCAAGAAGCUGCACGAUGAAUUUGUCCAGGCCAUCAACAAGUUCGUGUUCAGGACGCAUGUGUCGGCGCUCGAGGGUCUCGAAGAGGAUGGGGCCGGGGAGCUGCUAGGAGGGAAGAGUGAAGAGGUCAAGAACAGCAUCAUGGGACUCAUCAAGCCCUUGCUGCCGCCGCCGCCGAGGAUCGUGGAUGUCGUCCGCCAGCCGCCGCUCCUGCCCAGCUCGCCCGCCGGCGCCGCUCUGUGGUCUCAACCGUCGCCACCACCGACGAUGCCCGCCCCGGUCGAGUCGUGGAAGAUCCUGCCAUCGAGUCCGAGCGUGGCGUCAACCGCGGAUUCUGCCGCCUCGAUUUGGGCCGCCAUCGGGAUGAGCGAGGUUCAGGUGCCUUCGCCGCCGCCGGCAUACAGCCAGCCGUACUCUUCGGCCGGGCUGUAUUUCAGCUCGCCAGUCGUGACAGCGCCCAUCCCCCAGCUGCCGCUUCCGAGCAUGCUCGCGCCCCAGUGCGGAGUCAGCGUGGGAUACAACUCGUUUGGCUGGGACCGGUAUCAGGAAUACGCCACAACCAUGUGACAACCACCGCCAUCGGUCCACGGAACAAGCUACCCGGCCGUGACGACCUCUCCGUGAGCUCGCCAGCAAUAGCGCGGCCGGGUCUCACCAGCUGACUCCGGAGGGCCGCCAAAACUGGCAUAUAGCGCGGCGGAGGUGAUGCUCUGUCACACACGCAGCUCGUCUCGGGGUAUGUCCGCACUCCUCGGUUGCAAGGGCUGGGAGCGACUCGAACCAUCGGCAAAUACCCUCCUUCGAUUCACAUCUUUCUGGUCGGUUUCCUUUGUGGUCAAGGCCUAGCGAGCGAGCGUCGUUUUCCACCUCCUUUUUCCCUUUU